AUGUACUGGUCCCAUUCCUGCUUUGCCCUUUGCUGGAUUUUGUGGGCAGCCUUAAGACUGAGAGUUAUAGAGGCAGCAGAAGGAAAAUAUGCUCAGAAACUAUUUAAUGACCUUUUUGAAGACUACUCCAAUGCCCUGAGACCAGUAGAAGAUACAGACAAAGUGUUGAAUGUCACUCUGCAGAUUACACUCUCCCAAAUUAAAGAUAUGGAUGAGAGAAACCAAAUUUUGACAGCCUAUCUGUGGAUUCGCCAAAUCUGGUAUGAUGCAUAUCUCAAGUGGGAUAGAGACCAGUAUGAUGGGCUAGACUCCAUCAGGAUCCCCAGUGACUUAGUAUGGAGGCCAGACAUUGUUCUGUACAACAAAGCUGAUGAUGAAUCUUCAGAGCCAGUGAAUACAAAUGUGGUCCUCAGAUAUGAUGGACUUAUUACUUGGGAUGCCCCAGCUAUUACCAAGAGUUCCUGUGUGGUUGAUGUAACUUAUUUCCCUUUUGAUGAUCAGCAGUGCAAUCUGACCUUUGGAUCCUGGACCUAUAAUGGUAAUCAAGUGGAUAUAUUUAAUGCAUUGGAUAGUGGAGACCUCUCUGAUUUCAUUGAAGAUGUAGAGUGGGAAAUCCAUGGAAUGCCCGCUGUGAAGAAUGUAAUCACUUAUGGGUGCUGCUCUGAGCCUUACCCAGAUAUAACCUUUACUCUCAUUCUGAAGAGGAAGUCAUCUUUCUAUAUCGUUAACUUAUUGAUCCCAUGUGUGCUAAUAUCUUUUUUGGCCCCCUUGAGCUUUUACCUCCCAGCAGCCUCUGGGGAAAAAGUAUCCCUGGGAGUCACUGUCCUCUUGGCCAUGACCGUAUUUCAGUUAAUGGUUGCUGAGAUUAUGCCUCCUUCCGAGAACGUGCCUCUGAUAGGCAAAUACUACAUAGCAACAAUGGCCUUGAUAACAGCAUCCACUGCACUGACCAUCAUGGUGAUGAAUAUCCACUUCUGUGGAGCUGAAGCCAAACCAGUACCCCAGUGGGCAAGGGUCGUCAUUUUGAAGUACAUGUCCAAGAUCUUGUUGGUUUAUGAUGUUGGAGAAAGUUGUACCAACCCACGCCAUAGCAAAGAACGAGAUCAUCAUCAGAAGGUCUAUGGCAAACUCCCAGAACUGUAUCAGAAAGGUCCCAGGAACAGGAACAAUGACAUUGCUCGAAAAAAGGAAUCCAAUAAACUCUUAAAUAAUGAUUUGGGAACCCAAGGUGAGAAUCCCAAAGAGGCAGACAAUUACUGUGCCCGCUAUACUGCUCUGACAAGGAAUAUUGAGUACAUUGCUAAGUGCCUCAAAGAUCACCGGAGCAAUAAUGCUAAAGGAAUCGAAUGGAAGAAGGUAGCAAAAGUGAUUGAUAGAUUCUUCAUGUGGAUUUUUUUCAUCAUGGUAUUUGCUAUGAGUAUUUUGAUUAUGGCUAAAGCAUAA